AUGGAAAAUAUUUUAAAUAACAAAGUCAGAACUAUUAAGGAUGAUAGUUUAUUUGAAAAUUUAAAAGAAUCAAUUAAAAAAAAUAAUAUUCACAUACUUUAUGACACAUAUUUAGUGUCAUUUUUAGAAAAAUUAAAGAGUAUAGAUGAAGUUGAUCAUGUUAUUUGUAAGUAUAACAAUUCCGAACUUGUAAAUUUUUUUUAUAUAACUCUACUUGUUGAUAAAUACGAAUUUAUAUCCGAGAUUUGUGAAAAUAAAAUUGAAAAAAAUAAAAUUGAAAAAAUAUUAGAAAAUCUCGAAAUAUGUAAAAUAAGUCAUACAGACAAUUUGAAAAAAUUAAGCAAUAUAAUUAUAGAAAGUGUAGAUAAUUGCCAAAAAUGUUUAAUGAUUUAUUAUCUUUCACAAAAGAAAUUUCUGGAAGUUUUUUCUUUUCUUAUAAAAAGAGAUAAAACUAUAAAUUUUAUUAAAAAAGAAAUUUUUAAGUAUAACUUCUAUAGAAUUGUAAAUAAAUUUAUUUCUCCGAUUAAUAAUGAUAAUAUAAAUUUAGUUAUACUAGAACUUUUACUAAAUGGAACAAGAAUAUUCCAAACAUAUUUUAAUUUUUUGUUAGAUAAAAAUAAAAUAAAUAAAAUUAAUCUUAAGAAUUUUACAAAAGAGUUUUUAAAUUUAGACAAUGAUAAUAUAUAUGAUAUCUUAAAAAAAUAUGCUGACUAUGAAUCUUUGAUAUUUUUUUGUAAUCUUUUAUUUAAUGAAUUUAAGGAAAUAAAAAUUUUAUUGAUAAAUAUGAAAGAUAAAAAUGAACAUGAAAAAUAUGUAAAUGAAAAUUUAGAUGAAAUGAUAAUUGAAAAGAAAACAAACUUAGAAAAUCAUGGUAAUGAAUCAUUAAAAAAUAAGUCUGUAAACAACAGUAAUUUAAAAGAAGAUAUAUUACAUUAUAUUUAUGCACACGUUUUUCUUCUUUUAAAGCAUAAAUAUGUUGAAACUACUGUAAAAAAUGUUCUAAAAGAAAAAAUCGUACUUUACUCUUUAAUGUUCAACUCGCUAAGAUAUUCAGAAAAUUUUAUUCAAUUAAUAAUAUUUAAAAUUAUCAAUUAUUAUUUUAUAAAUGAUGACAAUUUUUUAAAUGAGUCAAAUAAAAAAUUAAUAUCAUCACUAUUUUCAUAUUGGAUUAAAUUAUUAGAUGCAUGUGUUAUUAAAAUGCUUGAUAGAUACUUAUCUACAGGAAAAAAUAAUUCUAAUAGAAAUGAACCUGAACUUUCUUUUUUAAAAAACAGUUUUGUUGAUUAUGAUAUAUUUAAAUAUAUGCAAAGUUUAAUUAGUGGAAUUUAUUUAUUAUCAUUAAUUAAAAAAAAAAAAAAAAAAGAUGAAAGUUUUUCAUUAAAGGAAAAAUACAAUAUAGAUUCCUUUUUAAAUGAAUAUAAUAUAGAAAAUUUGUCUUUAAAUUUUUUGAUUAACGAUAACUUUAUAUAUUUUAUAGGUUUUAUAUUUUCAGAGAAUAAAGAAAUAGUUAAUAAUUUAUUUAAUCUAAUUUUUAAGCUUAUAUAUUUUGUGAAAAACUUUAAAUUUUACAUUAUUGAAAAUUUAAACCUAAAAAAUAAAAAUUUUGAAGACACAUUGAUAUUUUGUUGUAUAAAUAUUAUUUAUAACAUUCUUGAUGGAACGAGAAAGUUAUUUAUAAAUUCUUUUGAAAUUGAUGAAUACACAAACACUUUAUAUCAAAAAGAUUUAAAAAAAAAAAGAACUUUUGACAAUAUUGCUUUAUAUUCAUUUUAUUCGUUUAUUAAUCACAGAGAUUAUUAUAUUCGCUUAUAUGUAACAAAGGUUAUAAUAAUACUUUUUUCUGAUGUAAGUAUUAGAGAUUCAGUAGAGAAAAACCUUUUUUUUGAAAUAUUUGAUUCUCUAAUGAAUAUAGAAUUUGAUCAUGAUAAAAUCAAAAAAAAUGAAGAAAGAAAAAAUGUAAAUAAUUUAUUAUUACUUCUAUUUAAAACAAAUAUAAAAGAUGAUAGAUCUUCAAAUAAAUUAACAAAUAUAAUUUUUAGUGAAAAGCAGAAAGUGUUUAUUAAAUACUUAGCACAUAUAUGUAAUGACGACUUUUGCAUAUUAGAACUGAAAAAUAUGUUUGAAUAUUUUUUUAUUUUAUUUGUAAAAAUAGUUAAUAUUAUUAUUAAAAGAGCUCAAUUGAAGUUAUCUAUAGAAAAGUAUAAAAUUUUAUUUAUGAAUAUUUACGACAUAAUAGAAUUUUUUUUGUGUGAAUUAAAAAAAGAAAAAAAUAAAAAAUUAAGAUUAUUUUUUUUUUCAUCAGCUAUAUAUUUAUGUCAUCUAAUUUCAAAUGAAAUAUAUAAAGAAAAAAUACAUUCAUCAAUCCCUUUUCUUGUUGUUGUUAUGGAUUUAAUUAAAAUUAUUGAAAGUGAUUUAUCAUUUAUGUAUGACGAUUUUAAUAAAUUUAAUAAUGUCAUUGAAGAAACAACUAAAGAAGAAUUGUAUUAUAGUAGUGAAAAUGAUACAAAGAGCACAAAAGAUUUACACAUUUUGUAUUUUUACGAUAAUGUGUACGAUGAGAACAUACAAAAUAAUGAAAAUAACGAACAUUUUAAUUAUAUGAAUAACAUUAAUAAUAAUAGUGACGAAAAUAUCCAAAUAUUUUCUUUUGAUAAAAUGAAUAGAUGUAAAAAGUAUAUGAAAAAAUCAAUAAUCCAAAAUAAAGAAAAUGAAAAAAAUAUUUAUAAUUACAUUAAUGCUUUUUUUUUUUUAUGUGUUAGUAACCCUAGUCAGACAACAAAAAAAAAUAUUAUUAAAUUUUUUGAUAUUAUUAUUAAAUAUAUUAUUAGGGAUGAAUAUAAAAUAAAUAGAGUAAAAAAGAAAAGUCUUAUUUUUUCUUUGCCUAUUGUUAUUAUAAUGGAUCAAAAUAAUGAACAAAAAAGAUACAAUUUAAUUAUUGACAAAUAUGAUUAUAUAUUAAAAACUUAUAUAGUUGAUCUUUUUAAAUCAAAAAAGUUUUUACCUUGUUUCUUUAUAUCAGUUUUUUGUUUUACUAAUACCGUAAUUUUAUUUUUAAAAAGAAAAAACUUUAUAGAAAUUAAUUUGAAUAAAAAAACAGAUAUAUUAGACUCUUUUAUGUUGAUAAAUUCAAAAACAUGGUUUUACUUAAAUGUUGUAAUAGAAUGUUUGAGCAAGUAUCUAAAUAAAAAUUGCUUUGAUGAUUUUUUAUUGCAUAUUAUUAAUUUAAUAAUAGACAAUAUAUGGAAAAUAAUUAUUUACAUUUUUUAUAGUGUAGAAUUAAAUACAUUUUCAUUGAAAAUAAAAAUGAAUAAUACUACAAUUUUUUUAAGGGAUUCAAUUUUGUUAUUUUUAAAUUUCUAUUCAACAUGGAUCUCUUUUACGAAAAAUUUUUCUUCUAAAAAAUAUACUCCUUUAUUUAUCCAUAUUUUACCAGAGUUAUUUUAUAAAAAAUUUUCUUUUUUAUCCUCACAAAUAUUAAAUUUUUUUAAUUUUAUUGAAUGCAAUUUUUCUUAUAUUAGUCUUAAUGAAACUAACAUAACAUUACUAAUAAAACAAAAAGAAAUUAUGAAUAAUAUUUUAGAUUCUUUAAUCCAUUUAAUAAAAACAAGAGAUUCUAAAGGAUAUGAAAAUGAAUUAAAUAAUUUAAUUCAAUUUAAGCUGAAAUUAAAGAAAUUGGUAAUUCCGAAAAAUAUUCAUGAUCUUUCUUUGCCAUUGGAAUAUGAUUGCAUUUUUAACAAAAUAAAAGAAAUUAAAAUGAAUAAUGAAAAAAGAAAUGAUAUAAGAAAAGAUGAACAUAAGGGAAACAAAUAUAAAAAUGAUAAUCAAAUUUUUAUAGAAAAGGAAGAGAAUAUAAGACAUGUAAAUAAUACUGGAACAUGCAAGGAAAAAGGAGAAUUAGGAAAUGAAAAUAAUAAAAUGAAAAAAUGUAAAUCAAAUCUCAAUGUUCCUGAUUUGAAGAAAAAAAAUGAUUAUAGCUCGAAAUCAUUAUCACAAAAUAGAAAUGGAAAUAAUCAGAUUGUAAUUGUAAGUGACAAUAUGAAAAAAUUUGUAAAAUCUAUACCUCGGUCUAUAUCUAAUUCUAGAUCUCCUUCAAGAUAUUUAUCUCCUAGGGAGAAGUAUAAAGAAAAUACUGAAGAAAAAAGGAACAUACAGUAUUGCCAUAUAAAUCAGGAAUUCAAAAAAGAAAUAGCAUUACAAAAGGCUAAGAAAAUUAUAGAAAAAAAUGCUGCAUUGAAAUGUCAGAAAAGAGCAAUAAUAUUAAAUGAAAAAAAAUUAGAGAAAAAUAAACAUCAGUAUUUUAAAGAAAUGAAGGAAAAAAGGAUUGAAGUAGAGAAUAGUAUUAAUAAAUACUUUAUAAUGUUGCAAGAAUUUUUAGAAUGGGACUUUUUUGAUUUAGAAAACAUUCAGAAAUAUAAAAAUUGUAUUAAUAAGGAAAUUCCUAUACGAUUUAAAAAUGAAGAAGAAUAUCAUAAAUAUUUUAGACCAAUGGCUCUUGAAGAGUGCCGCUGUUGUAUUUUAAAUAAAAUGUGUGGAGAGACUUAUAAAUUUGUUAUUAAUAUUGUAGGGAAACAAAAAACAUCUUACUGGAUUAUAUGGCAUAUUACAUCUUCUUCUGAAAAUAAAACCAACUUAGAUAUUUUAAAACCAAUGGACUUAAUAGCACUUAUUCCUUUUGAGACAGAAAACAUAAAUGGAGACAAAGGAACUAUAAAAUAUGAAGAUUUAAAACGAAUUUUAAAAUUAAAUAAACAUCUCCUUGGGUUAAUAGAUGUUUCAUCUAAUAAAUUAGAAAAUAUUUAUGACAUCAAAUUAAUUAAUGAGGAUGUAUUUCCAUCUAAACGAAAAAAUGAAGAAAAUAGAUUAAAAUUAAAUUUCCUUUCAUGCAAUAAAUUUCAUGUUUAUCUUUUAUGUAAUUUAAUGACAUAUAUUAGAGAAUUUCAAAGUGUUUACAUGACUAAAUGCUCCCCUUUGUUUAAUUUGAUUUUAAAUCCUAAUGCAACUAAUGUUAGGGAAAAUAAAUCAUAUCGUAAUAUUAAUUUAAAUGACAAUAAUAUAAUUGAAAAUAACAAUAAAAUAAAAGAAAAUAAAGAAAAUUUGUCAAAUUAUGAAAAUUUAAUAUUAAAAACAAUGAGAAACUAUAAUUUAUUAAAUGAGUCACAGAUUGAAGCUGUCAAAUUAGUUUUUUUAAAUAAAAAUAAUAUAUCUCUUAUACAAGGACCUCCAGGUACAGGGAAAACGAAAACAGUUAUUGGAAUCGUAUCAGCCUUAUAUGCCUUAAUUAAACAUUUAUACAAAAAUGAAAAAAAAAAUGAUUUUUCUUUUAAUGAACAAAAUGUAAACCCUAAAAAAAUUUUGGUUUGUUCACCAUCCAAUUCUGCUAUAGAUGAAAUUGCUAAAAGAAUUUUGAAUGAAGGGUUAAUAAAUUUUAUUGACUUAAAGAAAGAAACAAAAAAUAAAAAUAGCUAUGAAAAUGAAAAUAACUUUCAUGAUAACACAAAUUCAAAAUACUUAAAUGAAAAAGGUAAAAAUGUAGAAAAUGAAUUUAAUAGCUUUAAGAAACAAACUAUUACUCCUAAAUGCAUACGUAUAGGUAUAUCAAAAAAAACCCAUGAAGAAAUACAGCAUAUUUCAUUAGAUUACAUAUUUAAUAAAAGAAAAAAGUUGGAACAAAACAUAUAUGACUCUCAUUUUAACAAUAAAAAAAAAAAAUUAUCUUAUUCUAUCAAAGCAAUAGAUUAUGCAUGUCAAAAAAUUAAUGAAAUAAGGAUGAAUUUGAAUAUUAAUAAUUCUAAAAAAUUUUGUUCUGAUAUCAAUGAAACCGACGAAAAAGCAAUAAAUAAGAAAAUUGAAAAUAUAGAAAAAUUUUUUUCCGAAGAAUUAAUAAAUAAUGUAGAUAAGGCAUACUUAGAAAAUUUAUUAUAUUUAUUUAAUGAAUCAUUUUCACAUUAUGAGUGGAGUAUAGAAAAAUUAAAUUCAGAAAAAAAAAAUUUUGAAGAAAAAAAAAAAAAAUUGUUAGAAACAGAUAAUGAGAUAGGUUCAUUUUAUUCCAAUUCUAAUAAGGAUUUUAUGAUUUCAGAAAGCGAAGUGAUAUUCAGCACUUUGUCAGGAAGUGCUUCACCAUUAAUUGAAAAUUUAGAAUUUGAAUAUUUAAUUAUAGAUGAAGCAUGUCAAUGUGUUGAGUUAAGUUGUUUAAUACCAUUUAGAUUAAAAAUUAAGAGUAUUAUUAUGGUAGGCGAUCCCAAGCAGUUACCUUCUACAACAUUUUCAUCUGAUUGUAGAAGAUAUGGAUAUAGUAGAUCAUUGUUUGAAAGAUUAUUAUCAUGUAAUGUUCCUAGUGUUUUACUUAAUAUUCAAUAUCGUAUGAGACCUGAAAUAUGCUAUUUUCCAAAUAAGUACUUUUAUAAUGGAUCAAUUAAAAAUGAUGAAAAUUUAAUAAAUAAGCCAUUUUUUUAUUUUCAUUAUUUAAAUUUAUUUGGAUGUUAUAAAUUUAUUAAUAUUGAUGGAAUAGAAUCUAUAACUUAUAAUAAAUCAUAUAUUAACUAUGUUGAAGCUUAUUUUAUAUUCAAAUUAAUAUUAUAUUUCCAAAACUUUAUUGAAAAUAAAAAUAAAAAGAAUGAUGUAUCUAAUUUAUAUAUAUUACCAACUAAUUUUAAUUUAAAGGAUAUAGGGAUUAUCUGUCCAUAUCAAUCUCAAGUUCACCUUAUUAAAAAAAUGUUUGAAGGAGUAUUUCGGGAUAGUUACUCUCCAGAAAUAUCAACAGUUGAUGCAUUUCAAGGGAGAGAAAAAAAUAUAAUAAUUUUUUCAUGUGUAAGAUCUAAUCUACAAUCUAUGGAAAUCUUUAAAAAUAUUGAUGAAUUAAAUGUAAGUAAAAAAAAUACAUCUGAUAUUUUAAAUUACGAAUUAAAUGAUAAAAAAGUGUUGUCUUUAAAAAAUAAUAAUUAUAUCAAUAAUAAUGAUUUUAAUACUGUAGAAAAAUUUAGGAAUAAUAUUGGAUUCUUAAAGGAUGAAAGAAGAUUAAAUGUAGCUUUAACAAGAGCGAAAGAUGCUUUAUGGAUAAUAGGAAAUAAAAAAAAUUUAGAAAAAAAUGAAACAUGGAACUCUUUAAUAAAAAAUGCAAUUACAAGAAAUUGUUAUUCUGAUUUAAAAUUAAAUUUUCAUAAAAGCACAACUGAAGAAAAAAUAAAAGAACGAAUUAAUGAUUUUUUUAUGCAUAUGGAUAGUGACUUAAAUAACACAAAUAAUAAACAUGAGAAUUAUAGAAUUUAUGAAAAUUAUUCUACCAAUUCUUUAUCUAGUAAAAAUGAAUCAAAAACAGAUAGUAAAAAAUUAUAUAAUAAAAAAAAAAAAUUAACAAAAAAGACUAUUAAUGAGUACAGAAAUAAGUAUAAGAAAAAUGAAGAUCCCGUUAUUCAAUAUAAAAGAGAGAAUAACUUUAAUAAAGAUAAUAUUAGUAAAAAUUGUAUAAAUUAUAAUAAUAAGAAAAAUGAAAUAAGAGAAAAUAAAAACAUUCAAAAAAAAAAUAAAAGAAGUGAAUAUGAAGAAAUUCAAAAAAGUGAAGAUUUUUCUAAAAAAAGAAAAUUAAAUUAA